AUGGCGACGCCUCGUCGAUCCCCUCAGUUUCUCUCUUCCUCACCCCGAAUGUCCUCGCUCCCUUUAAUCCCGUCGAUCUCACUUCCAGCCCCACACGAUGAUGAUGCCGCGCUUCUCCCUCGCGAAGCCGACGCGGACGGUGAGGUUUCCCCUACUUCUCCCACAACCACCAACACCUCUCCAGCUUUGGCCCUUAGCAGUAGCGCUAGCUCCCCGAUCACUACGGAGGGCAGCGGGACGAGCGCUGCGUCGACGCCCGACACGGGUGACUGUGACACGGGCAGCGGCGCCUGUGACAUCGGCGGUCCAAACGGAGCGUUCAGAGAGCUGUUCGAAGCCUGUCGAAACGGAGAUGUUUUGAGAGUAAAAAAGCUGGUGGACACCGCAAAUGUAAACGCUAAAGAUAUGGCUGGUCGCAAAUCUACACCCUUACAUUUUGCUGCAGGUUUCGGUCGUAAAGAUGUGGUUGACCACCUGCUUCAGACCGGCGCCAACGUCCAUGCCAGGGAUGAUGGGGGUCUGAUACCACUACACAAUGCAUGCUCUUUUGGACACUCAGAGGUGGUGUCAUUGCUGCUGUGCCAGGGCGCCGAGCCCAAUGCAAGAGACAACUGGAACUACACUCCUUUACAUGAGGCAGCAAUCAAGGGCAAGAUAGAUGUCUGUAUAGUUCUACUGCAGCAUGGAGCCGACCCCAACAUCCGCAACACCGACGGAAAGUCUGCCUUGGACCUGGCCGAACCCUCCGCCAAGGCCGUGCUCACAGGUGAAUACAAGAAGGAUGAGCUGCUGGAGGCAGCGAGGAGUGGGAACGAGGAGAAGCUAAUGGCUUUGCUUACGCCGCUUAACGUCAACUGCCACGCCAGUGACGGCCGCAAGUCCACUCCGCUCCACCUGGCAGCGGGAUACAACAGGGUGAGGAUAGUUCAGCUGUUACUACAGCACGGAGCAGACGUUCAUGCCAAGGACAAGGGUGGUCUGGUGCCGCUCCAUAAUGCUUGCUCCUAUGGACACUAUGAGGUUACUGAGCUACUUUUGAAGCACGGUGCCUGCGUGAAUGCCAUGGACCUGUGGCAGUUCACUCCGCUGCAUGAGGCAGCAUCCAAAAACCGCAUAGAGGUUUGCUCGCUACUAUUGAGCCAUGGUGCUGAUCCCACUCUGCUUAAUUGCCACAGCAAGAGUUCUGUGGACAUGGCGCCAACCCCUGAACUCAAGGAGAGACUCUCAUAUGAAUUUAAGGGCCAUUCACUGCUUCAAGCCGCGCGGGAAGCUGACAUGGCCAAGGCAAAGAGGAGCCUGGCACUGGAAAUCAUCAACUUCAAACACCCUCACACACACGAGACGGCUCUGCAUUGUGCUGUAGCAUCGCCACACCCCAAGAGGAAACAGGUGACAGAGUUGUUACUGAGAAAGGGAGCUAACGUCAAUGAAAAGAAUAAAGAUUUCAUGACACCUCUCCAUGUGGCUGCAGAGCGCGCUCAUAAUGACAUUAUGGAGGUGCUACAGAAACACGGCGCCAAGGUCAAUGCUCUUGACACACUGGGUCAGACAGCUUUGCACCGAGCAGCACUUGCAGGCCAUCUGCAGACCUGUCGGCUGUUGCUAGGAUACGGGGCAGACGCCUCGCUGGUGUCGCUGCAGGGCUUCACUGCUGCUCAGAUGGGGAAUGAGGCUGUUCAACAGAUACUCAAUGAAAACGUUUCGGGUAGAAACUCGGAUGUGGACUACAGACUUCUAGAAGCUGCAAAAGCUGGAGACCUGGACACUGUCAAGUCACUUUGCACAGCUCAGAAUGUGAACUGUAGAGAUCUGGAGGGACGACACUCCACCCCUCUUCACUUUGCUGCUGGCUACAACAGAGUGCAGGUGGUGGAGUACCUGCUUCACCACGGGGCUGACGUGCACGCCAAGGACAAAGGCGGUCUAGUUCCCCUCCAUAACGCCUGCUCGUAUGGUCACUAUGAGGUGGCGGAGCUGCUGGUCAGACACGGCGCCUCGGUCAACGUGGCCGACCUAUGGAAGUUCUCACCACUACACGAAGCUGCUGCCAAGGGCAAAUAUGAGAUCUGCAAAUUGCUGCUAAAGCACGGUGCAGAUCCCAGUAAAAAGAACAGAGAUGGAAACACUCCCCUGGACCUGGUGAAGGACGGUGACACGGACAUCCAGGACCUUCUGAGAGGAGAUGCGGCCUUGCUUGAUGCUGCCAAAAAGGGAUGCCUGGCAAGAGUGCAGAAGUUAUGCAGCCCAGACAACAUCAACUGCCGGGAUACGCAGGGAAGAAACUCCACUCCUCUACACCUAGCAGCGGGCUACAACAAUCUGGAGGUGGCAGAGUAUCUGUUGGAGCACGGUGCUGACGUAAAUGCACAAGACAAAGGAGGUCUGAUACCUCUGCACAAUGCUGCUUCAUACGGGCAUGUGGACAUAGCAGCCCUUCUCAUUAAGUACAACACAUGCGUUAACGCCACAGACAAAUGGGCAUUUACACCACUCCAUGAGGCUGCGCAGAAGGGAAGAACGCAGCUUUGUGCUCUGCUUUUGGCCCAUGGAGCUGAUCCCACCAUGAAGAACCAGGAAGGACAAACGCCUCUAGACUUGGCAACAGCUGAUGAUAUUAGAGCGUUGCUGAUAGAUGCUAUGCCACCAGAUGCCUUGCCCAGCUGCCUGAAACCACAGGCCACUGUGGUGAGUGCCAGUGUGGUAACAGGAGGCGCCACAGGGGGUGUGGUCAUUUCUCCCUCGCCAUCGCCGUCGUCUUGCCUGUCUGCUGCCAGCAGCAUCGAUAACCUGACCACACCCCUCGGGGACAUCACAGUAGGUGGCGCCACUGGGACAGCAGAUGGAGGAGCAUCUGGUUCAGACAGGAAGGAAGGAGAGACUCUACUAGACAUGACCAUAAACCAGUUUUUAAAGAGUCUUGGACUUGAACACCUCCGUGACAUCUUCCAAAGAGAACAGAUCUCAUUGGACGUGCUGGCAGAUAUGGGCCAUGAGGAACUCAAGGAGAUCGGGAUCAAUGCUUACGGACACAGACACAAACUCAUCAAGGGCAUCGAGCGGCUGCUGGGAGGUCAGCAAGGUGCCAACCCUUACCUGACAUUCCACUGCUCCAGCCAAGGCACCGUGCUGAUUGAUCUAGCCCCAGAUGACAAGGAGUUUCAGUCUGUGGAGGAAGAACUGCAGAGCACCAUCAGAGAACACCGUGACGGCGGAAAUGCCGGCGGCGUCUUUAGCCAGUACAACAUCAUCAAGAUUCAGAAGGUGGUGAACAAGAAGUUACGGGAGCGGUACUCGCACAGACAGAAGGAGAUUGUUGAUGAAAAUCACAAUCAUCACAACGAGCGAAUGCUCUUUCAUGGUUCUCCGUUCAUCAACGCCAUCAUCCACAAAGGCUUCGAUGAACGCCACGCCUACAUCGGCGGCAUGUUCGGUGCCGGCAUCUACUUCGCAGAGAACUCCUCCAAAAGUAACCAGUACGUGUACGGAAUAGGCGGAGGUACUGGAUGUCCCACCCACAAAGAUCGCUCCUGCUACGUGUGUCACAGGCAGAUGUUGUUCUGUAGAGUGACGCUAGGUAAGUCCUUUCUUCAGUUUAGUGCAAUGAAGAUGGCCCACGCACCCCCGGGGCAUCAUUCAGUCAUUGGCCGGCCGAGUGUCAACGGACUGGCCUACGCUGAGUACGUCAUCUAUAGAGGAGAGCAGGCUUACCCAGAGUACUUGAUCACGUAUCAGAUCGUGAAACCGGAGAGCGUAGCCACGCCUGCCGCCCCCGCCGAGCAGAAGUCCUAA